AUGGAAAAGUACCACGUGUUGGAAAUGAUUGGAGAAGGCUCUUUUGGGAGGGUGUACAAGGGCCGAAGAAAAUACAGUGCUCAGGUUGUAGCCCUGAAGUUCAUUCCAAAAUUGGGCCGCUCAGAGAAGGAGCUGAGGAACCUGCAACGAGAGAUUGAAAUCAUGCGGGGUCUGCGGCAUCCCAACAUUGUGCACAUGCUUGACAGCUUUGAAACUGACAAAGAGGUGGUGGUGGUAACAGACUAUGCUGAGGGAGAGCUCUUUCAGAUCCUAGAAGAUGAUGGGAAACUUCCCGAAGAUCAGGUUCAGGCCAUUGCUGCCCAGUUGGUGUCGGCUCUGUACUAUCUGCACUCCCACCGAAUUCUGCAUCGAGACAUGAAGCCUCAGAACAUCCUCCUUGCCAAGGGUGGUGGCAUCAAGCUCUGUGACUUUGGAUUUGCCCGAGCUAUGAGCACCAACACAAUGGUGCUGACAUCCAUCAAAGGCACACCACUGUAUAUGUCUCCAGAGCUGGUGGAGGAGCGACCAUAUGAUCACACAGCGGACCUCUGGUCUGUGGGCUGUAUACUGUAUGAACUGGCUGUAGGCACCCCUCCCUUCUAUACCACAAGCAUCUUCGAGCUGGUCAGCCUCAUUCUCAAGGACCCUGUGCGCUGGCCUGCCACUAUUAGCCCUUGCUUCAAGAACUUCCUUCAGGGACUACUCACCAAGGAUCCCCGGCAGCGUCUGUCUUGGCCAGACCUCUUACAUCACCCCUUCAUUGCUGGUCGUGUCACCAUAAUAACCGAGCCUGCAACCCUGGAUUUGGGCACCCCUUUUACCAGUCGCCUACCCCCAGAACUUCAGGUCCUAAAGGAAGAACAGGCACAUCGGCUGGCCCCCAAGGGCAAUGAAUCUCGCAUCUUGCGUCAGGCACGUAAACGCAUGGCUGAGGAGGCCAAGCAGAAGAAACACCAGAACACAGAACCUACGUCUGAGCAAGAGGACAGGACCAGCAAGGUGGCUCCUGGUGUAGCCCCUUUGCCCAGGCUACAGGCCACCCCUCAGGAACCAGGCCUCUUGGCUGAGAUCUUGGCUUCAGAAAUGAAGAACCGCUGGGCUGAAUGGGGGGCUGGAGAGGCUCUUCUUACACCUCGGGAACACCGGAUUACCGUUGGUUGUGAACAAGCAUUCCCAGAGCUGAGGCCAGAGGUGGGGGUCCAGAGAAGCCUUGAUGCUGCAGACCUGGAAAAUGAGGAGCCGGCCAGCAGUGAUGAGGAGUGGCAGCACCUGCUAGAGAGCACCAAGCCUGCGCCCAUUCAACUGAAGGCUCCUCUCGCCCUGUUGUGCAAUCCUGACUUCUGCCAGCGUAUCCAGAGCCAGCUCCAGGAGGCUGGAGGGCAGAUCCUGAAUGACAUCCUAGAAGGUGCUUCCCACAUCCUCCCUGCACUCCAGGUCUUGAGCAGUCUUCUGUCUAGCUGCAGUGACUCUGUUGCCUUGUAUUCCUUCUGCUGUGAGGCAGGGCUGCCUGGACUGCUGCUCAGCCUACUCAGACACAGCCAAGAGAGCACCAGCAUCCAGCAGCAAUCUUGGUAUGGAACCUUCCUAAAGGACCUAAUGGCUGCGAUUCAGGCCUACUUUGCCUGCACCUUCAACCUAGAGAGAAACCAGACAAGUGACAGCUUACAGGUGUUUCAGGAGGCUUCCAACCUCUUUCUGGACUUGUUGGGGAAACUCCUGGCCCAACCAGAUGACUCUGAACAGACGUUGCGGAGGGCCAGUCUUCUGUGUUUUGUUGUGCUGUGCAUAAGGUCGCUAUGGGUUGGUACCAACUCGAUGGCACCUAACAAUAGCAACCACAGUAAAGAGCUGUGAAGUGAAAGAAUGGACGGGGAUCUGAGAUAAACAACCAGAGCCCAUCCUACAUCUUUGUGUUUCUCCACAGGAGCCCCACAAGUGAGUCAGCCGCUGAGGGAGCAGAGUGAGGAUCUGCCCGGAGCUGUUUCCUCUGCGCUGGCAGCCAUAUGCACUGCUCCUGUGGGGCUGCCUGGCUGCUGGGAAGCCAAGGCACAGGUCUCUCGGCAUUUGGCAAAUCAGCUGAGUGAAGACAGCAGCCAGCUGAGGCUAUCCCUCAUCUCUGGCCUGCAGCAUCCCAUCCUGUGCCUGCACCUUCUCAAGGUUCUCUACUCCUGCUGCCAUGUCAGUGAGCACCUGUGCCGUCUUCUCGGGCAAGAGCCCCUGGCCUUGAAGACAAUGUUGAUGUUGGUCCAGCACAAGAUGAAAGUGGCGGAUUGGGAAGAGUCUACUGAAGUGACACUCUACCUCCUCUCCCUUCUUGUACUUCGGCUCCAGGAUCUGCCUCCUGGGCUGGAGAAGCUAGGCAGCGAGACCGCCACUCUCUUCACCCACUCGCACGUCGUCUCUCUUGUGAGCGCUGCAGCCUGCCUAUUGGAAGAGCUUUGUCAGCAAGGGGUGACUGUUGACCUCCAGCCCGUGGAAUGGAUAGCUGCAGCCACGCAUGCCCUGUCUGCCCCUGCAGAGGUCCGACUGACCCCACCAGGCGGCUGUGGGUUCUAUGAUGGCCUCCUCAUCCUGCUGCUACAGCUCCUUACUCAGCAGGGGAAGACCAGUCUGAUAAGGGACGUGGCUAGUUCGGAAAUGUGGACCGUUUUGUGGCACCGCUUCUCCAUGGCCUUGAGGGUACCUGAGGCGGUAUCUCUGCAGGAAGAGGAGCUGUCGCUCUCAAGUUCAAGUCCAAAGCCAGACUGGACGCUGAUCUCACCCCAAGGCAUGGCAGCUUUGUUGAGCCUGGCUGUGGUCACCUUCACCCAGGAGCCCCAGUUAUGCCUGAGCCACCUGUCCCAGCGUGGAAGUGUCCUUAUGGCCACCUUGCAGCACCUGCUUUCCCCAGGCUUCCUCCAUCAGCUGGGCCAGGCGCCUCAUGGGUCUGAGCUGCUUCCUGCGGUGGUGCUCUCUGUCUGCCAGCUCCUCUGUUUCCCCUUUGCCCUGGAUGUGGACGCUGACCUCCUUGUAGGUAUCUUGGCUGACCUCAGGGACUCAGAAGUUGCAGUGCAUCUGCUACAGGUUUGCUGCCACCAUCUUUUGUUGCCACAAGUUGAGCUGCCCAUGAGCCUGCUCACACGCCUGGCCCUCACAGAUUCGACCUCUCUCAGCCAGUUUGUGAAUACAGUGACUGCCUCCCCAGGUCCCAUCAUUUCGUUCUUCUCAGAUGCUCUUCUGGGUGACCAGCCACUGCUGACCUCUGACCUUCUCUCCCUGUUGGCUCAUGCUGCCCGGGUACUGUCUCCCAACCCCUUGUCUUUUAUCCAGGAGCUCCUGGCUGGCUCUGAUGAAUCCUAUCGACCCCUGCGCAGCCUCCUGGGCCACCCAGACAAUUCCGUGCGGGCCCGCAUUUAUGGGCUCUUAGGACACUUGCUCCAACACAGUGUGGCCCUGCGUGGGGCACUGCAGAGCCAGGCUGGACUACUCAACCUUCUCCUGCUAGGACUUGGAGACAAAGACCCCGUUGUGCGGCGCAGUGCCAGCUUUGCUGUGGGCAAUGCAGCUUACCAGGCUGGUCCCUUGGGGUCUGCCCUGGCAGCUGCUGUGCCCAGCAUGACCCAGCUGCUUGGAGAUCCUCAGGCUGGUAUCCGGCGCAAUGCUGCAUCAGCUCUGGGCAACUUGGGGCCUGAGGGCCUGGGAGAGGAACUGUUACAGUGCCAAGUACCCCAGCGGCUCCUAGAGAUGGCGUGUGGAGACCCUCAGCCAAACGUGAAGGAGGCUGCCCUCAUUGCCCUCCGGAGCCUUCGGCAGGAGCCCUGCCUUCAUCAGGUGUUGGUGUCUCUGGGUGCCAGUGAGAAAUUAGCCUUGCUCUCUCUGGGGAAUCAGUUGCUACCGCACAAUGGCAGCAGUCCCCGGCCUACCUCUGCCAAACACUGCAGGAAACUCAUUCACCUCCUGAGGCCAACCCACCACACGUUCUUCUCUUCCUGGAAUCACUACAUCUCCCAGAAUCCUGCUCGCCGGGCCCCACCCGCACUGAAGCGACUGCGCGUGCGCAAGGCAGGUGACGGCCCAGUCCCCACAGUCCCCAAGAUUCUGCGCGCCGGCCUUCUGCCGCCUCUGGUCUCCUCUCCCUGGUUCUCGAUCCGUCCUCUAGGGGCGCGCGUAUCCCUUGGGAGGCGAGGCGACCGCGGCCGAGACUUUGCGCUUCCUCAGAAUCUUUCUCCCACUCCGCCACGCCCCAGGAACUUAGUCUGCCCCGCCUCUGAGUUCCCGAACCUCGAAGCAUCCCCCUCGCCUGGGCCUCGGUGCUUCGUUUUUCCCGCCGCGCUACGGUUUAAAUUUUCCUCGCUUGGAGGGAAAUACUUUCUUAAACUAUAG